CCACCCAGUCCCAGUCCUCCAGUCCCAGCACAGUCCAGUCCCAGUCCCGUCCCAGUCCAGUCCAGCCAGUCCAGUCCGUCCCAGUCCCAGCACAAGUUCCCAGUAAGUCGCAGUCCAGCACAGUCCCAGUCCAGCCCAGCAGUUCAGAUCGCCAGUCACAGCACAGUCCCAGGUCAGUCCAGACAGCAGCCAGCCCGUCCAGUCCCAGUCCCAGUCCAGUCCCAGCAACCAGCCCAGUCCAGUCCCAGUCCAGUCCAGUCCAGCACAGUUCCAGUCAGCACCAGUCCAGUCCAGUCCAGCAGUCCCAGUCCACACCAGUUCAGUCCCAGUCCGCAGCACAGUUCGAGUCCCAGUUCCCGGUCCCCAGCAAGUCCCAGCCCAGUCCAGUCGCACCAACUGGGGACAGUGCAGAUUCAGGUCGUCACGCUGCAGCUCUCUCAAGGAAGAGUCACUCAUGCUAGAAGCUGGGCCCACAAGCUGGGGAAGGAGAAGGACAAGCUAGAGAGGAGAUCAGCAGUACAACACAGGGAGGUCGGAGCUACGGCUCCGACUCAAACGGUGAGGAAGAGGCCAUAUUCUGUUUUGGAGGAAAUUGUAGAGCUGGAGGUGGAGAACCGAGGCCUGAGGGCUGAGAACGAGGACAUCCGCUGCCAGUACGAGAGGGACUGUUUCGGCCGGGAGCCCUUCAGCAGCAUGCCCUCSUCRCCGUACGGCGGAGACGCUCUGGAGUCKGCCGGGGAGCUGCGGCGCCACCUACAGUUCGUAGAGGAAGAGGCAGAACUUCUCCGGCGGUCCAUCUCGGAGAUCGAGGACCACAACAAGCAGCUGACCUCCGAACUGAACCGCUUCAAGUUCGGCCCGAGAGACGAGGAAGGCGAACUCGGAGUGAUGAUGAUGAUGAAGUCCGGUAAUGGGAGUAACGGAGGAGGCGGGGGUAACGGAAGCGGUGUGGUGAUGAUCGAGGAGCUGAAGUCAGCCCGGAUGCAGAUAAAUGAGCUCAGUGGGAAGGUAAUGAAGCUGCAGUAUGAGAACAGAGUCCUGAUGUCCAAUGUUCAGCGCUGUGACCUGGCCCAACACCUGGGCCUCCGCACCGGCUCCCCGCGGGACAGCGAUGCAGACAGCGACACCGGCCACCGUGACGCCGCAGAGGAGGAAGAGACUGGGAGGCUCCUCUUACUUCACCCCAAGAGGGAGGGGCCUGUGGGUGGCGAGAGCGACUCGGAGGACCUCUUCGAGAAGACCACCACGACCUCGGGGUUUGGAAGUCACAAGCCCUCGGACGAGCUCAGCGCCACCGAACUAUCUAACCGUAGGCGAGAAGACCGCGAGACGUUCACGAAUGUCAAACGAGAAGCAGAGCGCCUUGGGAAGACCGUAGAUCGUCUCAUUAGCGACACGGACAGUCUGAUCUAUGAGGGAAAGAUUUUAAUAACAGGAGGGGACAGUUUGAGUCUGGCUCUGGAGGGGGUUAAUGAAGACACCACCCGCCUCCCCGAUCCCAAACCAGACUCACAGGUCCUGGACACGAUCAACAUCCGUAUGAAGGCCUUCCGCACAGAGCUCCAUAUCUUCAUGGAGAAGGUGGAUCACCUGGGAGAGGGCAUGAGGGAGAGGGGAGGUGACCGGGAUCGGGGAGACGACCUGUCACCCUUGCCCAACCUCACAGAGUCCAGUAGCUUCCUGUCUGGGGUCACCUCCAUGUCACGAGACUCGCCCAUCGGCACCCUGGGACGCGACCUGGUCACAGAURUCCAGGUAAGGAAUUGGAUAAAACUCCUCCGACUUUUGACCUAUAUCUGUCUCUAUCCAGGGGUGCGGCCGAAAUGGCACCCUAUUCACUACGUAGUGCUCUUCCUUUGA